GGACAGAGUCUCGGUCACAAACAACUAGAACACCCUACUCCACCCCUCCUUUCCUCAGUGCUGUGAACUCAGAGCAGCAGGACAAAGUGCCUGGGACAAGGACAGAAGGCUGAAGCAGCCAUGGGCCCUGAAGGAGCUGGCCUCCUUGGGGGCAGGUGGUCCCUGCCUCUCUUGCUUCUGUUUGCCAUGGGAGGCACUGUUCAGGAGUCCCCACCCCAGAUCUUAGUUCACCCACAGGACCAGCUGCUCCAGGGCUCCGGCUCUGCCAAGAUGAGCUGCAAAGCCUCAGGCCAGCCACCCCCCACCAUCCACUGGCUGCUGAAUGGACAGCCCCUCAACAUAGAUAUGGACCUAUACCACCUCUUCUCCGAUGGAACCCUUCUCCUGCUGCGGCCCCCCACACAGGGACGAGUUCAUGAUGACCAGGUCCUGUCCACAAUCCUGGGUGUCUACACUUGUGAGGCCAGAAACCGGCUGGGCACGGCAGUCAGCAGGGGUGCUCGGCUGUCUGUGGCUGUCCUCUGGGAGGAUUUCCAGAUCCAACCCCAAGACACAGUGGCCCUAGAGGGUGAGCAGGUGAUUCUGGAAUGUGGGCCUCCCUGGGGCUACCCAGAACCCACAGUCUCAUGGUGGAAAGACGGGAAACCCCUGGACCUCCAGCAAGGGCGGCUCACGGUAUCCAGCGGCUCAUUGCUGAUGUCAAGAGCAGAGAAGAGUGACACAGGGAUCUAUAUGUGUGCAGCCACCAACAUUGCAGGACAACGGGAAAGUAGAGCGGCCAGGGUAUACAUACGGGAGGCCCAAGACCACACCGAGCCUCUGGAGCUUCUGGCUGUGCGAAUUCACCUAGAAAAUGUGACCCUGCUGAAUCCAGACCCCAAGAAGGGCCCCAAGGCUGGGCCGGCUGUAUGGCUCAGCUGGAAGGUGAGUGGUCCUGCUGCACCUGCUCAGUCCUACACAGCCUUGUUCAGGGCCCAGGCAGCCCAGGGAGGUCAGAAAGCUCCAUGGGCAGAGGUGCUGCUGGAUGGCUGGCAGAGCGCAGAGCUUGGGGGACUCCACUGGGGCCAAGGCUAUGAGUUCAAAGUGAGACCAUCCUCUGGCCGGGCUCGAGGACCUGACAGCAAUGUGUUGCUCCUGAAGCUGCCAGAACAAGUACCCAGUGCCCCACCCCAGGAAGUGACCCUAAAACAUGACAACAGCAGCAUCCUAGUGAGCUGGGUCCCACCACCUGCUGAAAACCACAAUGGCAUCAUCCGUGGCUACCAGGUCUGGAGCCUUGGCAACGCCUCAUCGCCUCCAGUCAACUGCACUGUCGUGGGGGCGCAGACCCAGCUGGAGAUCGACACCCGGAUGUCAGGCUCCUACUGUGUGCAAGUGGCUGCAGUCACUGGGGCUGGGGCUGGGGAACCCAGUACCCCUGUCUGCCUCCUUUUAGAGCAGGCCAUGGAGCGAUCAGCUCAGGAACCCAGUGAUCACGGUCCCUGGACCCUGGAGCGGCUGAGGGCCACCUUGAAGAGGCCAGAGGUCAUCGCCAGUGGAGGUGUCCUGCUCUGGCUACUGCUGCUGGGCAUUGCAGUGUGCAUCUACCGCCGGCGCCAAGCGAGGGUACACAUGGGCCCAGGUCUGUACAGAUACACCAGUGAGGACGCCAUCCUAAAACACAGGAUGGACCACAGUGACUCGCCCUGGCUGGCAGACACCUGGCGAUCCACCUCUGGCUCUCGGGACCUGAGCAGCAGCAGCAGCCUCAACAGCCGGCUGGGAAUGGACCCUCGGGACCCACUAGACUGCCGGCGCUCCCUGAUCUCCUGGGACCCCCGAAGCCCCGGGGUGCCCCUGCUUCCAGACACCAGUACUUUUUAUGGCUCCCUCAUCGCUGAGAUGCCUUCCAGCCCACCAGCCCGGCCAAGUCCUCAGGCGCCAGCUGCCAGGCGCCUCCCUCCCCAGCUGGUCCGGACCUCCAGCCCCUGGCCCAGCUCAGACAGCCUAUGCAGCCGCAGGGGCCUGGCCUCUCCACGUGUGUCUCUGGGCCCUGCAGAGGCUUGGAAGGCCAAGAAGAAGCAAGAACUGCACCAAGCCAACAGCUCUCCCCUGCUCCGAGGCAGCCACUCCUUGGAGCUCUGGGCUUGGGAGCUGGGACACAGAGGCUCCAAGAAUCUUUCCCAAAGCCCAGGCCCAGGCUCCUGUUCCCCUGGAGCUGUGCCGGGGGCUCUGGUGGCCUGGCGGGCCCUGGGACCUCAGUUCCUCUGCAAUUCCAAUGAGCUAGCAACUCGUCCUCUCCCGCCAGUCCCUCUCUCUCCUGGCAGAGCCCUCACUCAGAGUCCACAGAACCAGCCCUCAGGGGAACCUGAAGCUUCCACCCCCCUCCCUGGCCUUAGCCUCCCCAGGCCUCCCAGCCCCCAGGCCUCUUCCCUCUCUGGUCUCAGCCCAGCUUCCAGCCACCUGUCCAGCUCUUCGCUGUCCUCUCUGGGGGAGGAUCAGGACAGUGUGCUGACCCCUGAGGAGGUGGCCCUGUGCCUGGAACUCAGUGAGGGUGAGGAGACGCCCAGGAACAGCGUCUCUCCUAUGCCCAGAGCACCUUCGCCCCCUACAACCUAUGGGUACAUCAGCAUCCCGACAGCCUCAGAGCUGGCAGACAUGGGCAGGGCUGGAGGAGGGGUGGCGUCUGAAGUGGGGGGCUUGUUGUGCACACCUCGGCCCUGCCCCACCCCCACCCCCAGCGAGGGCUCCCUGGCCAAUGGCUGGGGCUCAGCCUCUGAGGACAACGCCCCCAGCGCCAGAGCCAGCCUGGUCAGCUCUUCCGAUGGCUCCUUCCUCGCUGAUGCCCACUUUGCCCGUGCCCUGGCCGUAGCUGUGGAUAGUUUUGGUUUGGGUCUGGAGCCCCGGGAGGCCGACUGCGUGUUCACUGAUGCCUCAUCACCUCCUUCCCCACGGGAUGACCUCUUCCUGACACCCACCCUUUCCCUGCCAUUAUGGGAGUGGAGGCCAGACUGGUUGGAGGACAUAGAGAUCAACCACACCCAGCAGACAGGAAGAGGGCUGCCUCCUUGGACCCCUGACUCUGGCAUCUCUUCCCAGCAAAGUCAGCUCAGCCGUCCUGUGCCCAAGGCUGGUGAUUCCUCCUGAACUGAGUUCCUGAGAUAGCCAGAAGGACAUCAGAGCCCCGCUUCCCAUCUGCUCACAAGGCCUGGCCCGUGACCUACGUUUCUCUGCCUUCAGGAGAGUUCUCUCACCAAGAUUGCUUAAAAAAAUAAAAAGGAAGGAAGGAAGGAAGGAAGGAAGGAAGGAAGGAAGAAAGAAAGAAA